AACAACGCCGAAACAUAGAAACUGAUGACUGCGGCUGCGUCGCUUUCAUUUUGUCUACACAACAGCAAAGAUUAUUGAGCGACUCUUCUUCCUUGCGUUUUAAAGUCGAUUGGUAUGAGAACUAAUGGUCCAGACACAUAAAGGAUUUUAGAGCCACAUCGCCGUCCAUUCCGGAAACAGAAACGCAGCGCUGUGAUUGGACCGCGCAAGGGAGCGUGUGAAAACUACUAGAGACACUGUGAGCAGCAUGACUGUACAUCAAGGGACCGUCCACAAAACUAAAACGUAGACGCAAAAUGAAGUGGGCAUGGUCGUGUGCCAGAGAUAAAAGUAACCAGUUGCAACAAUUAUUUUAGGUUUGGAGUUAUAUCAUGGUUCAAAACAGAAUGGGACGUGAUGAUUUUAAGUUUAACAUGAUUAUUAAUUAUGGAAAACAGUUAGGGCGCAGUCUUGUUCUUCUGGCACACUACAUCACUCUGUUUGUAAGCUUUGUAUCUCGCUCGGUGAACUGUUUUGCCGAAGUGAUCAAGUGGACAUUAAUGUUUGCCAGAUACACGGUAGCGGUUUUUGAUUCGGUCCAUAGGAGCCUACAUUGGUGGACCAGAAGACACAGUGGGACAUCCAUAGAGAUGCUCUCCAGCAGCGAAACAGAGUCAGACUGAUGAAAGACAUAAGGUUCUUAUGAACUCAAAAGAGAAGUUCCUGGGGAAAAAAAAUACUUCAUCUUAAAUGGAUUUAUAGACUCAAAUGGGAACAAUAUCAAUGCAUCAGAACAUGUAUUGUAGUGUUUCUGUACUACUUGAGUUUUAUCUUGCUGUCUUAAGUUUUAGUUCAUUUCAAAAGUGCUCAUAAAGGCACUCCAGAGGUUAAGGAAGAGUCCACCACUGUUAUAACCACACCUGAUAGACUGAAGACUGAACACAACACCUGUUUUUCAGGUCUAAACUAGUUUUACUGGACUGAAACAAUGAAGGAAAGUUGGUUAACUUCAUAGUAGCUGGUUUUAUGUUCCAGUUAAUCAAAUAGUGUUGGUUUUACCCUAGCAGUUUUUUAUUUUAUUUUUUUAAUCAUUCCAUAUUCACUGAAUGUAGUUUAGCAGUCAAGGAGAAGAGCAAAAUCACUACCAUUAGCAUUUUUAUUUAUUUAUUUUUUUUUGCUAAUUUUAUUUUUAAUGUCUGUGGUUGGAGCAAAUGUAUAGUAUGUAUGUUGGGUAAAAGAAAUCCUGAAACGAGGGAAUUUGUAUUAUUAGUUGCGAGGAAACACUUAUCGUCAUAAUUUGUGUGUGGUAACGUGAACCAACUCAGCUCCAACAUAGGAUCUAUUGGACCUCUUUCACAUUUCCGGGUUUCUCAGAAGAGAGCACUGCUAUUUUAGCAUAGCUGAUAAACCAAUAGUUUUAUAUUUGACUUUUAUUUUUAUAUUUUCUGGUUUAAUUUAGCUUUUAUAAUUUCAAGUAAUAAUCAUGUUUUGUUUAUAUAUAGAUAUAUAAUUUAGUUGAUGAUAAUAACUGAGUUUAGUAGACUUCAAUAGUGGUGAAUGAGUGACAACAAAUAUGAUUUCUGCAUUCCCAUUAGCUCCAGUAGCAAAAGAAAAUUCACUUUCUCACAGCAGUUUUUAUUUAUAUACAGUUCUGUAUUACAAUGGUAGUAACUAUGAAAACACAUCAUCACAGACUGUGAAAAGUGUCCAUUGAAGUUUUCCUAUGGGCAGCUUGUGACUGUGUGUGCCAGUUCCCCAUUGUGAAGCAAGCUUUGAAUAUUGUCUAUAUUAUUACUUAUCCAAAAUAUCACAUUGUCCGUUAAAGUGUUGAAAUGUCUCUAUAAUUGAACUCUCUGGAAUCACAAGUAAUUGUUUGCGUUUGAGAUCAAUACUACUCUUAAUACCUCUACUAAUCUGUAUCUUAAAACACUGUGUUCUGAGAACAAAGUCCUGUCGUGAUCAACAAAAUGCAUUUUUAGAAACUUUCUAAAGAAGAUGGAACCAAACUAGAAAGAAUUACUUAGUGUAAGCCUAUGAGAAAAAGACCGCAUUUUGGAUCUCAGAAUUUUUUUAUAAGCUUAAAUCCUUGAGAACUCUAAAAGGACACAUUUCAUUCAUGUUAUACCGACUGUAAUUUUUUCUUUUGAAUGGUAUCAACUAUUAUUAUCUUACAUAAAUUAUGUAAUAUGGAUGUAAUGCGUGUAAUUUGACGAUCAAAUGGAAAUUAACUGAAUAACGUUAUGUGAAGAAUGUUCUUAUCUGCAUUAUUUGAAAUCAGCAAGAUUGUGAAUAUCAAUGUGUAAUUAUUCUAAAGGCUUGUAUGAAAGUGUAUGAAAAAAUAUAUCUGCUGAAGCUUGUUUCCUUGGCAUUAGAGGACUCAAAAUUGUGACAUGGCUACUAACAUGUAUUCAUAUGAAUAUUUAUCAGCUAACAGUCUGAAAAUAAAUGUAGAAACAACUUGCAUUUGAAAAAUGCUGAUGCAGUUGUAUCUGUUCGCAGACAUGGGAACGUUUGUCAGCGCGUCCCCAAUCUCACAUGCAAUUACCAAUGGCCAUCCUUAAGCGUCACAUACACAGUGAGCUGGAUUAGUCGCAGUUAAUAUCAAUAAGAUAAAGUUAGUGAGGUGUGUCUGAUCCCAAGCCAGUACAAAAGCCUCCCGAGGGUGCCCACCUCUCUCUUAGGUCCCAGCGUCGUGUGUCUGUGAGAAGCGAAACGCUCGCCUGCACAGCAGACCAGUUGGGCUUCCUGACAGAAUAGCUCCUGUCUUGCUCGCCAAAAAAAAUCAGUUCUCAGUUGAGUGAUGGGGAAUUCAACGGGCUGCACCGUGGACGACCUGCAGGCUGUUGAAAUGCAUCUGUGGUAUAAGAAGUUCAUGACUGAGUGUCCAUCUGGUCAGCUCACGCUGCAUGAGUUCAAACAGUUCUUCGGACUCAGAGGUCUGGAUCAUGAGGCCAAUGCCUACAUCGAGCAGAUGUUCCGCACUUUUGACAUGAACAAGGACGGUUACAUAGACUUCAUGGAGUAUGUGGCCGCUCUCAGUCUUGUAAUGAGAGGCAAGAUGGAGCACAAACUGCGCUGGUAUUUCAGACUUUAUGAUGUUGAUGGCAACGGCUGCAUAGACCGACACGAGCUCCUCAAUAUUAUAAAGGCCAUCCGUGCCAUCAAUGGAAGUGAGUCGCAGGAAUCGAGUGCUGAGGAGUUCACAAACCGAGUGUUUGAUAGGAUCGACAUCAAUGGAGACGGGGAGCUGUCACUGGAGGAGUUUGUAGCAGGGGCACGUAGUGAUGAAGAAUUUAUGGAGGUGAUGAUGAAGAGUUUAGACCUUUCGCACAUUGUGGCCAUGAUUCAUAACCGGAGACACAGCGUCUAAGAGACAGUCCACAUUCAUAUAUUCCAUGUACGGUUCUCCCUUAGAGUCUCUUGAUCAGAAAACAAGAGCAACAACUCGACGGUCUAACUCUGAAAGCACUUUAAAGUACAGUCACUUCAAACAGAACUAAAGGGGCCAAGAAACAAGAAACUAAACUGGUUUGGGACGUCCCAUAUCUAAUAAACUGACUGUUUCCCAAAAACAGCCUUCUUGCUAAGCAGAAAGAGGCUUCAUGGGAAAAGAAUCAGUAUGAUGUGAACAUCCAUUUAUAGUUUUUUUUGUAACAUUAAAAAAUAAAAAAAAUUAUAUAUAU